GUGACCUUCCCUGGGAGGAGAGUUGAACAGAUCAGAGGCAGAAUUCACACAGAGCACCGAUGGUUACUCUCCAGCCCGCCACUCCUGCCUCAGAAAUGAACAACAACUUAGUGGGAGAUGAAGUGGGGAAGCUAUUUGUUGGAGGGUUGGACUGGAGUACCACCCAGGAGACGCUACGAAACUACUUCUCCCAGUAUGGAGAGGUGGUGGACUGUGUUAUCAUGAAGGACAAAAGCACAAAUCAGUCACGGGGCUUUGGCUUUGUCAAGUUCAAAGAUCCCAACUGUGUUCGAACAGUGCUGGAAACCAAACCUCACAACCUUGAUGGAAGAAAUAUUGAUCCCAAGCCUUGUACACCUCGAGGGAUGCAGCCUGAAAAGACCCGCACAAAGGAAGGCUGGAAGGCGGGAAAAAGCGACAGCAAUAAAUCUAAGAAGAUAUUUGUAGGUGGCAUCCCUCAUAAUUGCGGGGAACCUGAACUCAGGGAUUAUUUUAACAGAUUUGGUGUGGUCACAGAGGUGGUAAUGAUCUAUGACGCGGAGAAACAGAGGCCACGAGGUUUUGGAUUUAUUACUUUCGAGGCCGAGCAGUCAGUGGACCAGGCUGUCAACAUGCAUUUUCACGACAUCAUGGGCAAAAAAGUUGAAGUGAAGAAGGCGGAACCUCGCGACAGCAAGGCCCCAGGCCCUGGGCAGAUCGCAGCCAGCCAAUGGGGGCCCAGGGGCAUCCUGAGCGCGGCCAAUGGCUGGACAGCACCCCCAGCCCAGGGCUGGACACAGAGCUACGGACCUCAGGGGGUUUGGGUGUCCACGGGUCAGCCUAUAGCAGGAGGGUACGGCCCCCCUCUCCCGACGGGCAGAGGAGCCCCAGCACAGCCCCCCUCCCCCUUCAACGCCUUCCUGGUAACAGCCACGCCCGCCGGCAGCUUCGCGCCACCUCAGGGAUACCCACAACAGGGCUACAGCACGCCGCCUCAGUUUGGUCAGUCUUGGGGCUACAGCUUCGGCACACCUCAAGGCGACCAGUUUGUGCCGCAGGGGAUGCCCCCUCCACCCACCACCCCGGGCACCGCCCCUCUGGGCUUCGCCCCCGCCACCACCCCCACUCAGGAGCUGAGCAAAGCCGCCGCCGGACAGCCAGAAUUCUCCUACAGCCAGUAUGCUGCUAACCCCUCGGCACCUAAGCACACGCCCAUAAGCUGUAACGUAGCCAAGGACAGCGGCCGCCCAUUCACAGCUCACCUGCUGCCUACUAGUAUGGGUACAGAGCGAUCGGCUCCACCAGCUUAUAGAGUCCGAUCUCAACCCAUUCAAAGCUUGGGUAACUAUCCCCAGGACCCCUCUUCCUACGGACCCACGCGUCCCUCACACACAGGUCAGGAUGAGCAGGGAUAUAGUUCAGGUUACGGGCAGGACCUGAGCGGGUUUGGGCACACCUUUGCAGACCCAAAUCAGCAGCCGGCAUCGUACGCGCCCCCCACGGCACAACCCUCUGCCGGGCCUCAGCCUGCCGCAGGCACCUUCGGCCGCGGCCAGAACCACAACGUCCAGGGCUUCCACCCCUACCGACGCUGAGGCCAGGAAAAACACAACCACACUGGCCCCACAACGUCAGGGAAACCGAAACACACUCAUGAACACACACUCGCGGGCACAGACACAUAUUGACACGCUCUCUCUCUCUCUCUCUCUCUCUCUCUCUCUCUCUCUCUCUCUCUCUCUCUCUCUCUCUCUCUCUCUCUCUCUCUCUUUCUGUUUCUCUUUCUCUUUCUCUCAAUCUCUCUCACAUACACAAACAGACACAUACAGAACACACACGGAACCUCUCGGUCAUGGUGAAGAGACAGACACUGGAUUUCUGGGGUGGUUGUUGGGCUGGGUUCUUCUUUUUUUCUUCCUGAACAUUUGAAUCCUAAUAUUGACGAAAGAAAUGACACACAAACUCUUAAAAACUCAAAACAAAACGAAAAAAAAGAAAAAGAGAAAAAAAGUCCUAAGUACUUCUUACACAUCCCAGAGGACUUGAUUUUGCUCUCUUAUCGUCUCACCAAUACACACUAAGAAGUAGGAGGACGGACUACUGAAAAGCUACUCUGAGCAAAACGUUUUUUCCUCAUGUUUUGUAUUUGGGCCGAAACUACUUAGCAAUAUGUUUGAGCUACCUGGGCUGGUCUCAGCACAGAGAAGACAAACCUAGAUACAUGGAGUUACAGGGUCUUUAUUCAGCUUUAACAUGGAGUAGGGAAAAAAAGAAACUAUUUUUAUUUUUCAUUUUGUGGAUUUUGUUUACUUUCUGAGCCUUUGAACGUUUUAUUUUUAGGUUUGUUUAAAAUUGAAAAAAAUAUGAAAAUAUAUAUUAUACACCUAAACUGUGCAAUUUUUUUAAAGAAUUUUGUACGACUGUGCGCUUUGCUUGUUUUUUAUUUAAGGAUGUAGACUUCCCUCAGGUGGCUGGCUCGGUGCAUUUUGCACUGGAGCGACAAAAAGGAAAAUUUUAUGUGAAAUAAAUUAUUUAAAAUGA